GCUCGCAGUUUGAUUGUGUUGCUCCGGGAGCAGACGGUGUCGGUGGGUUGUCGAAUAACACGUCUCGAGAUGAUGGCCGAAAGUGACUCCGGUGAUACCUCUGAACGCUACGAGUUUGACGCUCCGUCCCAUGUAGUGGACUUAAUGGAGCUGCAGAAUGCAGAAAACGAAGAUCAAUGGUUUGAACAACAGACAGAUGCAGCAGAUGGCCAUCUGAAAACUCCUCUGAGGCCUGGACCCUUCAGGCGGAGCCAGGCGGACCUGCCAAGAGCCAUUGUGGUCCCUCAAGUCAAGUUGACGAGGACACUGGUUGGUCCCAGUACAUCCACAUCUCAGCCUCCAAACAUUGUCACAUCAUGGGGUGCUGGAUCUCCGGUUCGGGCUGGUGCUCGACCAAAGAGGAAGACUGCUAAUCAACCUCCUGCCCAAUCACGCAGGGUUUCCAAACGCAAAGAGAUGAGCAGCUCUCCAGCUCCACCACCAUCAAAGAAAAACAAAAUAACUCUUGUUGCCCGAAAAUCCAAUAGUGCCCUUCGAAGAAAGGUGCAGCAGACUACCAGGAGUGGGCCUGUGACCCGGGCGUCCGCUUCUGCUAACACAGAGCCAAAUAGCUCUGAAGAACAGGAGCUGGAGCGCAUCAGGAACCUCCAGAGGGAAGUGGCUCUGCAUCGCAAGAAGAACGAGGCCAGCUACAAAGCUGCUCUGGCUGGCAAUCCACCACCAAAGAAGAUGGUCUUGUCAGCCACUGUGCCUAAAGAAUUCCACUUCAACACAAACAGCCGUGUUAAGGCAACAACCUCAUCCAACACAUCGCACAAGGACGUGGACUUCAUCACUCAGCUUCGCAAACCUUCCUCCCCAGCAAAGGCUAUAAAAGGUGCCACAGUGCCCAAACCCUUCAACCUAUCGACAGGCAACAAGAAAGGUGGGGAGACGGCUGCCUACGUGCCCAUGGCCCAGCAGAUAGAGCAGUUCCAGAAACGAACCCCUGAUCGCUUCCAUCUACACAGUCGCAGGAGUCGAGAGCGAGGGCCAUCCCCAACGAAGGGUGAUCACCUGAAGCUCACCCAGCCUCACACCCCACACCUGAUGACCCGCCAGAGGAGCCGGCCAACCACUGUCAAGAGCAGUGCUGAGCUGGAGGCUGAAGAGCUGGAGAAACUUCAAAAGUGUAAGUUCAACGCCCUGGAGCUGAACAGGAAGAUUCUGGAGAGUGCAGAGUCCCUAAAGAAGCCAGCAGUGAAAGAGCCCACCGUACCCGAAGGCUUCGAGCUUCAGAUUGAGAAGAGGCUGCAUGAGAGACAGGCCACCAAGAAGCCUCAGGAGGGAGAAGAGAAGCCCAACACAUUUAAAGCCCAGCCUCUGCCUAAAAAGAUCCUGGUGGGAGUGGUGGGUCUGCCUGACAAGAAAGUUCUCCAUCCAACUGUGCCAGAGUCUCCAGCUUUUGCCCUCAAGAAGAGGGUUCGCAUGGAGCCCAAGACUGAGGAGGUGAAACCGCCUUCUACGUUCAAAGCCCCACCAGUGCCACACUUUGGACUCCCCUUCCAGCCCCAGCUACAGGAGAACCACCACGUGGAGGUGUGUCCUUUCUCCUUUGAAGACAGGGAGCGGGAGAGAAGGGCACUGAAGGAGAAGAGGCUGGAGGAGAAGCAAAAUGAAGAGGUGCCACAGUUCAAGGCACAGCCCCUGCCAGACUUCGACACCGUGGUCCUCCCUGAGAAGAAGAAGCUGGAGCCCACAAAGCCCGAGCCCUUCAAACUGCUGCUGGAUCAGCGGGGAGCUGUGAGGAGCACUCGCUGGGAGCAGAUGAUGAAAGAGGAGCAGAAACGGGAGGAGGAGGCGGUAGUAUUCAAAGCCAGGCCCAACAAAGUCACUCAUAAAGAGCCGUUCCUGCCCAAAAAAGAGAGCCGGGCUACAGUGGUUGUGGAGGCCUUUGAGCUGUCGACAGAGCGGCGGGCCCGAGAGCGGCAGGAAUACGAGCGGCUGGCGAGCGAGAAGGAGGCUUACAGGAUGCUCAUGGAGGAGGAGAAGAGAAGAGAGGAGGAGCAGAGGGAGAAGGAGGAGAUCGCCAGGCUGCGCCAAGAACAGGUUCACGCCGCUCAGCCCAUCAGACACUACAAACCUGUGGCCGUGAAGAAGAGUGAAAUUCCGCUCACUGUCCCCCAGUCACCAAACUUCUCUGACCGCUUCCGCUUGUGAUGAGCCCGCUGCGCUCUGUCUGAGCUAUUAGAACUGCAACUGUUCGAUCUUUCUUCAAUGAGUUGUUACACCUGUCACAUUGUUAGUGGGUAGAAUUCUGGCUGUAAAGUUGUAAAUGAGUGUGUGUAUUUGAAAUGACUGAAGCUCUGUUGUUUUUUUCUUCUAUUCCAUGUAGAGCUUUAGAUUGUAACCAUGUGCUGUAUAUUCUCUAUUUUAACAGACCAAACGCUUGGCUCAGUAUCGUGCCCGCACAUUUCUCUCUCUUUCUCUCUCAUUUUUUUAAACUUUUUUUUUAAUAUAACUUCUUUAAAAUAAAGAUCUUGAAAUAUACCAGUGAUUAUGGAGAUCUACUUUGAAAUUCUGACAGAACUAAACUUUGCAUUAAUAUUAACUGGCAGUAAAACAAGGAAC